GGGGGCGGGGCCCGGGGCCGAGGCGAUGGGGCCGCGGGCGCUCCUCAGCCCCGGGGUCCUGGUACGGACUGGGCACACGGUGCUGACCUGGGGCAUCACGCUGGUGCUCUUCCUGCACGAGACCGAACUGAAGCAGCAGGAAGCCAGAGGGGAGCUGCUGCAGCCCCUGCUCUUCAUCCUGCUGGUGCUCUGCUCCCUGCUGCUCUACCUGGCCGUUUCCCUCAUGGACCCUGGCUACGUGGGUCCUGACCUGGAGUCCCCACCGCCCCAGCUCCAGAAGGACCCCAAGGAGGAGCAGACGGCCAUGAUCCCCCCAAAGACACUCCGGCUCCGGCGCUGUGGCUACUGUUUGCUACAGCAGCCCCUUCGUUCCAAACACUGCCGCUCCUGCAAACGCUGUGUCCGUCGUUUUGAUCACCAUUGCCCUUGGAUUGAAAACUGUGUGGGUGAGCGCAACCACCCCCUCUUCUUGGCCUACUUGGCAGUUCAGCUGGUGGUGCUCCUGUGGGGCUUGCACCUGGCUUGGUCUGGCCUCCAUUUCCAUGAGCCCUGGCAAAGCUGGUUCCAGCACAAUGGUCUCCUUUUUGCCACCUUCUUGCUGCUGGGCCUCUUCUCAACUGUGGUGACGCUGCUUCUGGCCUCUCAUCUCUACCUGGUGGCCAGCGAUAUGACCACCUGGGAGUUUAUCUCCCCACAUCGAAUCGCCUACCUCCGCCACCGUCCCGAUAGCCCCUUUGACCGUGGCCUUGCCCGAAACCUGGCUCGAUUCUUUUGUGGCUAUGGGGCUGUGCCCUGGGAGGUACUCUAUGCCCAAGAGGAAGAGGGAGAGGCUGUGUAGGGCUUCUAGGAGGAGUGGGCAGUAGGGGCAAACUCUGUGAUGGCACCCAUUCGGGCUGACUUACAUGAGCCUGUCAAGGUUGCACCCAGAUUUCACUCCAUCUUGUCACUUCUGUCCCCACAAGGUACUGGGGAAGAAGGUCACUUUGACCCAUUUGUGCCUAAACCCUGGAUUCUUUCCCAUUCUCCAUUCCUGUGGCAGGUUACCGGACCCCCUGUGGAACCGCCCGAGUGCAGAACAAUGCCCCCUUCCCAGGAGACAAGCUUCAUCCCAGAGGCUUAUUAAGUUGGGUCAGGACUGGGGAUUUGGAUGAUAGGACUUUUAAGGGCCAACUGGAAAUGGUCACAGAGGUAGUGUAGGGGAGGUCUUGGCUGGCCCAAGGCCCAAGGAGGAAGGCAAGAGGAACUGAGGCUCAAAUAUGCACCCAGUCUCUUUGUGUGAGCAGCCCUGUUUAGUGUAAAGGCCUUUGAAUUUUAGUUCUGUGAAGCCUCAGAACUUUUACAUUUUUCCUUCCUUCCCCUCAGCAUCCCCGGCCUUCCCAAUUCAGACCAGCUCUCCUAGGGUUCUGCAGUUUACAAAUUUAAUAAUCCAGAAAGCAGGUAGAUUGUUUAAAAAACAACCCUACCAGUGCCCGCUGCUUCCCACUGUGACCCUGCAGGGGGGCGUGCUUUGUACAGAAAUGGUCAAUAAACCCUGACUGCUGACCGUCACCA